GGUAACGAUCAUAGCUAGUUAUAGCAACUCUUCUUUCCAACAUCCUUUGAAACAAAUCAUCAAUUCCAUCAUUUAAAUAUACCUGUAAAUAAUAGUAAGAACGACAAGAUAUAUAAAGGACCAGAAGAGAAAGAGAGAAAAGAGAGAGAAAAGAGAAAGCCUAGAGCGAUCUCUCUUUCUUUUUCUUUUUCUAUCUCUCGAUUGGUUUCCAAAUUCAAUCCAUGUGAGCUUCGAGCGUCGAUGCAUGUCGCUGGCCUUUCGUUGGAUCCCUAUUGGUUCCUUCAAUUCGUCUUCACUGCGUUUCUCGUUGCUCUUGGAUUACUUCACCUGGUGAAGAACACGGCUUCGAAGUAUUUCGUCGUCGACGCCAAUUUCGACGAAGGAGAGGGUAAUCGCCGGACUGGUCGCGACGAGAUGCUGGCCGUUGCCGGCGACGGCGAUGGCUGCGCUGUUUGCGGCAAUUCUACGAAUAAGAAGUGUUCACGUUGCAAAAUUGUUCGAUACUGCUCUCAAGCUUGCCAAGCAGAACAUUGGAAAUCAAUUCACAAAUCAGAAUGCAAAGUAGUCAAAUCAUCUGGCAGUAUAUCUUUGAUCCCAUCUGUCAGUGAUGCCAGAAGGAGAGCGGUCUUUGUGGAUAAAUCUCCAUCAGAUCCUGGUCAUGGAAACUGUAUGGUUCAGCGGUCAAAGAAGAUUCUUUUCCCUUAUGAUGAAUUUGUGAAGCUUUUCAACUGGGACAAGCCAGGAUUUCCACCUUGUGGCCUAAUAAAUUGUGGAAACAGCUGCUUUGCAAAUGUGGUUCUGCAAUGUCUUUCAUUCACUCGGCCACUGGUUGCCUUCUUGUUGGAGAAAAGUCACCGGAGGGAAUGUAGGCGGAAUGAUUGGUGCUUCUUAUGUGAACUUCAAACCCAUAUUGAAAGAGCUAGUCAUAAUUCGCAUCCCUUUUCACCUAUCAAUAUUCUCUCUCGGUUACCUAAUAUUGGUGGUAAUCUUGGCAAUGGAAAACAAGAGGAUGCUCACGAGUUCAUGAGGUUUGCAAUUGACACAAUGCAAUCAGUGUGCCUUGAUGAAUUUGGUGGAGAAAGAGCCCUCCAUCCGAGCUCCCAGGAGACAACCCUUAUUCAACAUAUAUUUGGUGGUCACCUCCAAUCUCAGGUGAUUUGUACAAAAUGCAAUAAGAUAUCAAAUCGAUAUGAAAAUAUGAUGGAUUUAACCGUUGAGAUUCAAGGAGAUGCAACAUCUUUGGAGGAUUGCCUAGACCAGUUCACUGUUAAAGAGCCGCUUGACGGGGAAAAUAUGUAUAAAUGUGAUGGAUGCAAUGCCUAUGUCAAGGCAUGGAAGCGUCUUACUGUUCGCCAGGCUCCAAAUAUCCUUACCAUUGCUCUUAAAAGAUUUCAGAGUGGAAGGUUUGGGAAACUGAACAAGAAAGUAACUUUUCCAGAGACUUUAGAUCUUGGCCCAUACAUGAGUGAAUCGGUAGAUGGCACCAAUUUGUAUAGGCUGUACGCUGUUGUUGUGCAUGUGGACAUGCUGAAUGCAUCUUUUUUUGGCCAUUACAUUUGUUACACAAAGGAUUUCCAGGGAAACUGGUACAGGAUUGAUGACUGUAAGGUCGUCACUGUUGAAUUGGAGGAGGUACUUGCUCAAGGAGCUUAUAUGCUAUUAUAUAGUAGGAACUGUGUGCGCCCUCCUUGUGCCAAUUCCCUGGAAUCUUCAGGGAAGGAGGGACAGGUGGUGGCAGAGGCCCAAGAAUCAGGGCCAUGUUCACGAGCACCAGUUGAAUCCCUGAACGUUGUGGAUUGUGUGAAUCCAGUUAUCACUCCUCUCUGUGUCUCUUCUGAUGUUUCACACAUGAAUGAAUCUAUACCAGAGGAAGAGUUGUCUUUGCAAGUUGGUGAAGAUUCAAAAUCCACUAGUGGUGGUCCACAAGAUAUGCGUUUAUAUGAUCCUGGUUGCUCUUCCUCUGGUUCAAAGGAUAUUGAGUGUCGUAGCAAUGAAGAUUCUCAUGAUGUAGUUGUUUCUGUCGAACUCGAGCAUAAAGAAGUUCCUGACUUGCCUUCUUCUAGCGAUUCAAUUUCAGUUAUGGUUCAAAGUAAGGAAUGUGACUCAUCCAGCUCGUACUCUGUUUAUGAAUCCAGUUUUGAGGAUGGAAGUGGAGCAACGAAUAAUUAUGCAAAUGACUUGUAUUUGGAAUCUUCGGCUAAAAAUUAUCUGUCCAGUCUGAAUAUUGACCAUGAAAUGGCCGAGACAUCUCUUGAGGUUUGUACUGCUGCUUCAAGUUCAGUUAGAGAAAAGUCAGAUGGAGCAAAUCAUGCUGGUUCUGAAACUUCGCCAAGCCUCAGUUUGGAGCCGGUGGUAAUUGUUAAGCCACAGAAGUGUUCCCCUGUAGCCCAGACUGCUGAUGGCGAAGUUUCAAGAUUGGCUGGAAUGAAAUCGCCCUGCAAGGGAAAUUCGAAGCCACUGUUCUCUUCAGGUUUUCUUAACAAAAGCACAAGAAGUCGAUCUCUGAAAAGACAAGUGAAAAUCGAUGUAGAACAUACUGCUUGUUCUUCCGGGAAGGAUGACAGGAACUGUAACGGAGUUGAAAAACCUGCUUUUCCUGGUCAGAGCAUUGAUGAAGUUUGUGAACAUAAGGAAUUUUCCUUAAAUGGUGGUAGGGCAUUAACAACGUGUUCUGUUCGGACACAGUCUGAGAAUUGUGUAGAGGAUGAUGAUGAUAAGUUGACUAGAGAAGCACAUGGGGUUUUUGAUCCCCGUAAUGAGAAUGAAUGCAAUGGAGGUGCAGUAUCUGUUCACUCUGAUAAGAACCACAGAAACAAUCAUAAUUGUGACAAUGGACAUGAGAAAGUCUCUGAGAAUGGCAGUGGUCAGCUUGUGAAGCACUGGUUGCCAGUUCAGCGGCUAGAAAGCAACUCUUGUUCCGAAGAGAAGUUGAAGUCGCUGCCUUCAUCUGGUUUUCUUGGUAGUCACAGGAGGGAAAAAAUUUUGGGCCCAGAUGGGGAAACUCAAAAACCACCUGUUGAAGUUGAUGCUCCCAGCAUGGUUGAUGUGAAAUGCAAUGGUAUUGCUGAACAUGCUCUUGAUCAUCAAAAUAUAUCCGAGGCUAAUGGUCAUGGUCAACUUGCUUCAGAUUCUAAUGGUACCUCAACAUCUUGUUUUAUAGCCAAUCACAUUGUGAAUAAAAAUAAGAUGGUCAAUAAAGAAAUUUCUGAAGUUCGUUACCCCCAGAACAACUGCAGCAGAGAUUCUGUUCUUUCGGAUGAGAAUGGUGAAGGCAUUUAUAACAUUGGUUCUGGACAGGUGACAUUCUGUGGUACUAGCAGUAGUCAGCUUUUAGAUUGCAUGACUCCAUUUCUUUCUACUUCUUGUAAUAACAUGCCAUUAGGAAAGAAUUACUCAAACAAGAAUGAGGAAAGCCGGGAACUUAAUGAAACUGUCCAUCACCACGAGGUUGAAACAGACUGCCAAAGAUUGUCUGAUGGGAGACCGGUAACCUCCUGUGAAAUGGCAAAGCCACCAAAGAAGCAACCUCUGAACAUGACCUACAUUUCCCCCAAAGAACCAUGGUCAGUACAACAACAGCACUUGGAGCAAAGUUGUGAUUGCAGAGGAUACUUCAAUGCCACUCUUGCAGAUGAAGAUGGACAAGAUUUUAAGAGGCAAAGACGUGUGAAUUAGAAGCUAACAAAUCAAGAUUGCUUGUUGAUGCUGGAUUUCCUGAGGUUAGGGAGGCUAAGAGAAGAAGACAGGUGCUGGCAACAUGUUAUUUGAUGACAUUUAAGGUGUAUUCUUUCCACUUAUUUGAUAAUAUUUUUGCAUGUUGGUAGAUUCAUCUUAGGUUUUCAAUAUUUUGUAGAAAUCUCUGAUGAUCCUCUGCCAUGUGAGCUGCACUUAAUAUUCUUGUAGCAACAGAUAACAAAUUGUUGAUGAGUUGAUCUAUAUUCUAAUUUUUUUCCUUCUUGAUUUUAA